UGUAAAACAACCUUCUCAAUUGGUUGCUCUCUAAAAUAAGACUGCUUUCCUUUAAUUUGAAGCCUUCCCAAACUCUGCGACUUCUCCAUGAUCAUCUCAGCUUCAGACCAAACUUGCAGAAUCUGAGUCCACAAUCCUCCGGUCUGAAUUCUUCAGCUCAACCAGCUUCAUCUGUUUAACAUUUGGAGUCCACGAUCGUCUAGUCUGAGUUCUUCAGCUCAGCCAGCUUCAUCUGUUCACAGAUGGGAGCGUGCUUCAGCAAAAGCAAACACUCGGUGGCAACAAGAGAAAUCAAUGGCCACUCCUACCAGGAGCCAGCGCCGUCGCCGCCACAGUACCAGCCUCCUCCUCCUCCGCAGGCCCAACCGCAAGCGCAGCCACCACCGGCCUCCAAGGGCGUAGUCGCUCCCAACGCCAUCCUCGGGAAGCCCUUCGCGGACGUGAGGUCCUUGUACAGCCUCGGGAAGGAGCUCGGCCGUGGCCAGUUCGGCGUCACCUACCUCUGCACCGAAACCGCCACGGGCGCCCAGUACGCGUGCAAGUCCGUCUCCAAGCGGAAGCUGGCCACCAAGAGCGACCGCGAGGACAUCAAGAGGGAGAUCCAGAUCAUGCAGCACCUCACCGGGCAGGCCAACAUAGUGGAGUUCAAGGGGGCUUACGAGGACCGGAACUCGGUGAACCUGGUCAUGGAGCUGUGCGCCGGCGGCGAGCUGUUCGAUCGCAUCAUCGCCAAGGGGCACUACUCGGAGCGCGCGGCGGCGGCCAUUUGCCGCGCCAUAGUGAACGUGGUCAACAUCUGCCACUUCAUGGGGGUGAUGCAUCGAGAUCUGAAGCCAGAGAACUUCCUGCUCGCCACCAACGAGGAGGACGCCAUGCUCAAGGCCACCGACUUCGGCCUCUCGGUCUUCAUCGAAGAAGGCAAAGUGUACAAAGAUAUCGUGGGAAGCGCUUACUACAUUGCUCCUGAGGUCCUAAAGCAACGUUAUGGGAAGGAGAUAGACAUUUGGAGUGCAGGUGUUAUCCUCUACAUUCUUCUCAGUGGCGUGCCUCCAUUUUGGGCUGGUAAGUAUCAAGAUGAGACCCUCUCAAUCCUUCGGUCUUUGGUCUCUUCAUGGUUGAUGUCAUGGUUUCUUCUGUUGCACGCUGCUCCCCCAGAAACCGAAAGAGGAAUCUUUGAUGCUAUUUUGAAGGGAGAGAUCGACUUUGAGAGUGCGCCAUGGCCAUCUAUAUCGAGCAGCGCCAAAGACCUGGUCAUGAAGAUGCUGAAACAGGACCCCAAGAAAAGAAUCACUGCGGCUCAAGUUCUUCAGCACCCAUGGAUGGUAGAAGGUGGAGAGGCAUCAGACAAUCCUAUAGACAGCGCAGUGCUCUCGAGGAUGAAGCAGUUCAGGGCCAUGAACAAGAUGAAGAAGAUGGCGCUCAAGGUCAUUGCUGAGAACCUUUCGGAAGAAGAGAUCAAAGGGCUGAAGCAGAUGUUCACCAACAUGGACACGGACAAGAGUGGCACGAUCACAUACGAUGAGCUGAAGACAGGAUUGGCUCGCCUCGGCUCGAAGCUAUCAGAGGCUGAGAUAAAGCAGCUCAUGGAUGCUGCCGACGUGGAUGGGAAUGGAAGCAUCGAUUACAUCGAGUUCAUCACCGCCACGAUGCAUCGGCACAAACUGGAGAGGGAGGAGCAUCUGUAUCGAGCGUUUCAGUACUUCGAUAAGGACCGCAGCGGGUUCAUCACCAGAGAAGAACUGGAAUCAGCCAUGAAGCAACAUGGAGUGGGUGAUGCAGACACGAUCAAGGAAAUCAUAUCGGAAGUCGACGCAGAUCAUGAUGGAAGGAUCAACUACGAGGAGUUUUGCUCGAUGAUGAGGAGUGGGAUGCAGCAGCCAGUGCAGCUGGUGUAGUAGCUUCUUCCGGUACGAAUGAAUCAAGUGGUGCAGAAAUCAAGCUGUAGAUGUAUAGCUUGCAAUCAAUCAUCCUGUUCUGUUCUUCACAAUUGUUCUGUCAAUAUGGGCUUGGUUGGUCAUCUGCUCGAACAACAUAAGCCAUGUUGGACCAUGUUGUAUUCAGAGCUCUUAAAUAAGGCUUAAUGAAUCCACGAGCAGUAGCUCUUCAAAAUCUACAA